CGCAUUUUGCGUAGCAAGUAACUCCCACACACAGAAAUGUUGUCCGGAGCUAUAGGGGCCCGCGGAGCCCGACUAAUCCCUGUCCUGCGGGGGAGUAGAAGCUUGCAUGUGUCCCAGGGGAAACCGGCAGCCAAAGUGGCGGUGGUCCUGUCGGGCUGUGGGGUGUUUGAUGGAACAGAAAUCCAUGAAGCCUCAGCGAUUCUGGUUCACUUGAGCCGGGCUGGAGCUGAGGUGAAGAUGUUUGCUCCGGAUGUGCCGCAGAUGCACGUGGUCGACCACAGCAAAGGGCAACCUUCCCAGGAGUCCAGGAAUGUAUUGGUGGAAUCUGCGCGACUCGCUCGGGGCAACAUCACAGCUCUGUCUCGGCUGAAUGUGAAGGAACACGACGCAGUCAUAUUCCCAGGAGGCUUUGGGGCCGCAAAGAACCUUUCCUCCUUUGCCGUCGAUGGUGAAUCGUUUAAAGUUCAGCCGGACGUGGAGCGAGUUCUCACGGGUUUCAGCAAAGCCAAGAAGCCGAUUGGUCUGUGCUGCAUCGCCCCUGUACUGGCCGCUAAGGUCAUUCCCGGAGUGGAGGUGACAGUGGGGCAGGAGGAGGAGCUUGGAGGAAAAUGGCCGUAUGCUGGAACCGCUAAAUCCAUCAGUGCGCUGGGCGGGAAGCACUGCGCUAAGGAAGUGGAUGAGGUGCAUGUGGACUCCAAGUGUCGAGUUGUCACCACUCCCGCCUUCAUGGGUGAAGCUCCUCUGCACCAGAUAUUCGAUGGAAUUGGGGCCAUGGUCUCGGGAGUCCUCAAGCUCACAGGAAAAUAACAGACUUGUCCCCCCCUCAAUAUAAAUGAGCUGCCCCCUCACUCCAGCACCUGACGAUGCCCCAACCAAUGGGACUUGCUGCCGGUGUCUGUCCAUCUGUCUGUACCUGUAUCACUGUAACAAUAAAUCUAUUGGGCACAGUCUUGUGUUGGGGGCCCUUUCUUUGCACUGAGGGCCCAGUUUCCCCCUUUCUGCCUGACAGUGGGGGCAGUAA